AUGAGUUAUUAAAAAUCGUCUUUAUCUUCUUCAUACUAAAACAAUGAAGAAGAAGAAUAAUCUUUCAAUAUUUCAAGAAUUUAGGAGUAAAUGCAACAAAUUGAGUUAGCUACAAGAGAAAAUGAGCGCUUCUUACAAUAAUAUGGAUAAAAAAGCACUCUAAACUAAGCUAUUAAAAAUAAUAUUUCAUAGAAUUAAUAUUAAAAGUAAUUAGCAGAUAGUCAUAAUCAAACUGAACAAAAUAGUUCUUCAAAUUUAUCUAAUUCUAUUAGAGAUUCUCAAGAAGAGCAUAAUAAGAAACAUUUGCUUUCGAGUAUAUAGAGGUAAAAUUUACACAAAUAAAAUAAGGAACUCAGGUAUGAGAAUCACAAACUUAUAGACUAAAAAUAAGGCCUUAUUAAUUAAUUAAAAGAUUAGAAUAUAAAAAAUGUUAGCAAAAAAAAUAGUAAUUUAUCUUCCAGUAAGAGCGACAGGAGCUAAUCUGAAGAUUUAUCAUCAAAUUCAAGUGACAGCUUCAGUUAAAACGAUAGUAAAUAAGAUUCUAAAAAUAGUUUAUCGCUAUCUCCUAAUAAAUAGAGCAAUAGUCUUUCUUUAGAUAACUCUUCGCAAUAAUUACCUGAUAGAAAAUAAAAAAUAAAGAAAUAAAAUAAGCCAAAGACAAGUAAUAAUAAAGUAGCAGCAAAGAAAAAAACUGAUAAAAAUGAAUAGCAUUAUCAGUAGUUAUUACAUAUAAAAGAAGAUCCUAAAAAAAGUGAAAAGAAGUAAUUAAAAAAUGCAAAAUUAAGCAAGUAAACAGUUUAGUAGCAAUCUAAUAAAAUAUUAGGGGCUUAAUAAUAAUAGUAGUCGCAAAAUUUUUAAAAUACUUAAUAGAAUUAAUAAAAGCCCAGUAAUUAAAUAAAAAAGCAAAAGUAAAGUGAAAAUAGCAUUUCAAAUUUACUUGAGGGCUAUGAACCUGUAAAAAAGAUAGACAAUCCUUUAAAUGAUGCUUCAUAUAAAUUAUAAGGUAUGAUAAAUAAAUAAUAAAAAUCUUUAUUAAAUAAAAUACCAACAGUCUUUCCAAAUGAAAACUUUAAAACUUAGACUGAUUAAUCUGAAACAAACAUAAGCUUAAAAUACUAAGAAGGUCCUUUUAUUCAAAAUAAAUAAAAAACUGAAAACAAUAAAAUAAAGACCAAAAAAAGUUAAAAAUCUCAAUAGUCUAACACUUAAACUACAUUAAAUGAGAAAUAAAUUACAAAUAAUAGUUCAAACAGUUAAGUCAAUCAAAAGAAUUCAUAAAAUAAAGGAGGUAUUAAAUAAUUGAUGUCAAAUAGUUCUUUGGAUUCAUUAAAUUAAGAUAAGGUCACUUAAAGACUUUAAAAAGAUGGAAAAAAGACAAAAUUAAAAGGAUAGCAAAAAGAGGCCCUAAAAGCUUAAAAAGAAUAAAAAAAUCCAAAUAUUUUUAAUCAACCUUAAAAUUUGAACAAUAUUACAGAUUAAGAUCAACUACCACGUUCUGACUAAGAUUAUAAAAUUAAAUUCUAUACAUAAACAUCUCCUUAAAAUUAAACCAACAAAUAUUAAUUUUCUUCUUCAAUAAUAAAAUCUCCUAAAUCAGUUAGCUAUAGGAGAGAUGAUGAAAAUAUGGAAUUAUGGCCUAUUAAAGACUCUAACUUUUAAACUUUUGAAGCUAAAGAAGCUCUUCUAAAAAGCCCUUAUUAUAAUCAAACCUUGAGAAACAAAACUUAAAAUUAAGAUUCAAAUUAUAUUAUAUAUUAAAAAGAAUCAGAAUAAAUGGAGAAUCAAAACGACCUUAGUAAAUAAUCUUAAAAUAUAAAAACCCAUAAUAUUUAUAGCAAUCAAUCUUAAAUGAGAACGCUGACAGGAACAAGCACAAUACCUAAAUAGAGCCCUACUAAUAAGCUACCAUUCUACUCUAAUGCAACUGAAUAAUCAGAAUUUAUUUAAAAUUAAAAUGAUUAUUAUGAAUAUGGAUCUGAAUAUCGUUACAAUGGAAGUAUGUAUGAUGUCUAUGAUACUAAUAUAAAGAGAUUAAAUAUACAAUAAUAGCUUCUAGAAGAAAAGCUUCGUAAAGCAUGUCUACUCAAUAAAAAUUUCAAAAGCUAAAGAGAGAGCUAUGAAUCAUCACCUUAGAGUCAAUUCUAAUCUUAAAAUAAUUUAACUAGAGUAAAUAAAGAUACAAUAAUAAUAAAAGAAAGAGUUAAUGUAAAAGAGUAUAAUGAAUAAUAAUAUCAGGUUGAUAAUAGCUCAAAAGUAUACCACGACUAAACAAAAAGUCGAGGAUCUAUUUAAUCUAAAAUUGGAAGUCCUUAUGUAUUGGAAACAGCAAGAAAUUCAAUUAAUUAAGAAGAUACUUAGUUUAAAUAAAAUGUCUCAAAGAAGCUAGAUUCUAUUUUAGAUAGGUUGAGCAAUGCUAACAACACAAGCUAAACAUCUUUUUAGAAUUAUAAUUUAUAAUAAGCUAGUAACAUUUAAGACACCUAGAAGCACAAUUAGCUGAAUUAGCAUGAGAAAUCUGAAAAAAAUAUUAGACAUUUUAGAAGUUAAAACAGUGAUGAAGAAUUAAACUACGAAGAUUAAAAGGGAUAAGAUAUGACUUUUUAGAAGUAGCAGCAGUAAGGUUUAAGACAUAUUAAUUUUUAAGAUUAAAAAAAUAAAAAAUCAAUAAAAGACGAAGAAGAAGAUUAUAAUUUAUAAAAAUCAGAAAGGCAUUAAUUAUAUUAGAAUUAUAUUAAAAAUAUUAAGCAGAAAGGUAAUAUAAACUAGGUUGAUUAAAAACACUUAAAAAAUAAUAGUUCAAGUGACUAAGAAGACAUUUAAGAAUAAGAAGAUUCCUCAUAAAGUUAAAAUUUAGGAAUCAAAGGAAAAGCAAAUUAGUAAUAACAAUAUAAAUAGUAACUUACAAACUAAAGGAAUCAGCAAAAUAAUUCAUCAAAUACAUAUGAAGAAAUGAACAAAAGAAAAAGUAUUUAAGUUUAAACUGAAUCAGAAGACAACACAUUUACAUAAAGAAAUUAUUCAGAUAUUAGUUAUAUUAAAUAACACCAUAAUAUUUAUCACUAAAGUCAUAAUAAUAAUUUGUAAGUAAACUGCUAAGACCCAAAUUGCAAAUACAGUUAGCAUAUCCAUGUUGUUAAGAUUCAUGAUUAAUCAGUUUAAACUGAUUAAGAUGAUUAAGUAACACCACGCCAAUCAUAAAAACCAUUAAAUAAACCUGAAAUUAUUGAGAGAGAUUUAUAGAAAGAAAAGAAUUUAAAUCAAAGACAGACCAAUUAAAAUAAUAAAUUUGAAAAAUAGUAAGGGGUAGAAUAAGUUAAAAACAUUGAAAAAUAUCAAUAAUAAAAUAAAAAACAAGAAAAUUCUUUUGAGUAAUAUGAAAGCGAUGAAUAUUUAGAUAAUAUGAAAAGAAAUAAAUAAGAUUAAUACACAUAAUAUUCAACUAAAAAAGUUUAAGACUAAGAUAAAAAUAGAAUAGAAUAGCACGAAUAAAUUAAAAAAUAAAAUAUUCCUGCAUUAUUUGAUACUAAAAAUUAAUAAUUUAUUGAUAGCUAAAUGAGUGGAAUUUAGAAUCGUAGUUCGUACGAAAACACCUAAACUCAACGUAAAGUACCUGAUUUUACAGGUUAGUCCUUAUUGCAAGUACUUUAAAUUAAUCCUUAAAAUCAGUAAAAUACUUAAAGGUAAUCAUUAGAAUCAUCAUAAGAUUUGAAGAAACUUCACUUAGAAGCUUUGAUUGCUGAAGUUUAAGAAUUAAAGAGAGAUUUAUUGAAAAAGAAGUAAGAUGACUAGUUGAAUUUAAUUUCUUUAAACUACUCUAAGAAUUCAUUUAAUUCACCUGAACAAUACCAAACACAAUAUUCUAAUAAUAGUGGGUCUAAACGCUAAAAAUAUUAUCAAAGUCACCAUUAAUUUUUACAUCCUUAUGGAAACGAGUAUUCUGAAAAUAAAAAUUAAAUUGAUGAGUUUGUGAGCGAAUAACAAUCGUAAAAUUCACACAGAAGAAUACAAUCUAAUUUUGUUGAUAUUGAGAAGGAAUUGUAAAACUCCAAAUAGCAGCUACUGAGAAAAAAUGAAGAGCAAAAAAGGUAUAUAGAAAGUGAAAUUAUGAAAUCUGAAAAGAAUAUUCAGUAACACACACCGAAAUCUAGCAUUUCAUCAAAGAGAAUUUCAAAGCAACUUUAAGAUAAGAUGAAAGAAGUAGAAGAAAUUAUUUCUCGAAGCAGGUAAAAAUCUAUUGAUAACAUGAGAGUGUUUAAAGAAAAGCAAGAAGAACUUGAAUAAGAUCUUCAAAAGAAAAAAUUAUCAGGAUUGGAUCAAUAGAAUUAAAGUAAACCACUUUAAGCAUAAGAACGUAGUCAUAAAAUUUCUACUAAAACUUUAUAGGAGCUUAGAUAGCAACUAGUUUAAAAUUUAUAAUAAAAUACACAUUAGUAAGAAUAGAAAUAUCAAGGAAAUAAUUAUUUAGAAAAUAACGAACAAUAUUAUCAGAACUCUGACUCCUUAAAUUAAUAAGGGACAAGGCUUUUUACAGAGCACAUAAAAUCAAUUUAAAAUUCUUCGUAAAGUAAAAUUAACUAAAUGUCGGCUGAUGGUUCUUAAAAUUAUUUAGAUAAUAACAAGUAAUUCUAAAAUUAUUAAAUUAACUAAUAAUAUGAUUUAACUUCAAAUAUCAAUCCAUAAUAGCUAUUUCCUUAAAAUAAAUACUAAUCAAAUAAUAAUUUUUAAAGCCCAACAAAUAAUUACAAUCAGUAAAUUAUCAUUAGAAAUAAUCUAUUUUAGGAUUCUAAAAUAAGUAAAUAAGAUGAAGAAGAACUAAAUGAGGAUUUUGGUUCAAUCUAGUUAGAUUUUUCAUCUUAAAGAGUUAAUAAUGACAAUCAAUAUGAAUAAAUUGUUGAUAAUUUGAAUGAUGAUUUUGAAGUGGAUAUAGUUCAAUAAACUAGAAAACAGUAGAUACAAAAUUCUUAAAAUAAUAAUAAUAACUAAUUUAUAAAUAUUUAAAAUAAAUCAAAAAAUAAUAAAUAACACGAAAAUUCUGAAAAUAAUGUCAUACUUAAACAAUAAAGUAUCUAGCAGAAUAAAUUUAUUUAGUAAGAUAAUUUAAAUUAAAAUUAGUCUAACAGUUCUUUGACAGAAGCUGAUGAACAAAGGGAAGAACUUAAUACAAAGAAAUCUUCAAAACAAAAUCUAGAGGAUAACUAAAUUUAAUUUUAUAAUUAAAAUAUUUAAAAUAAAACGUCAUAAAGUUAAAAAGGCUUAAAUAAGAAUUUAAAAUAAAAUUAAUAAGUUUAAGCACCUGUUUAAUAUUAAGAAAAUGAAGGAAGAGACUCAAAAAUUAGAAAAGUUGUUGAUACAAAUCAAUUUGCUACAGAUUUUAAUGAACAAGAUUUUUCAUCUGAUAAUGAUCCUUAAAAUUUCUAAAGUAGAUAAUUAGAAGCCCAAGCAUAAUCAUAAAAAGGCCAAAGAAAUAAAAAUGAAUACAAAACUGAGAGAAAAUUAUACAAUAAAUAAUAACAAAAUUUUUAAACAGAAUAAGAGAAAGAGCCUGAUGAUAGUAUUAAUAAUAAUAAUAAAUAAAUUAAGUAAUAAAGGACAAGUAAGUAAAAGCUUUCACAAGUAAUCGACUAUCCAUCUUACGACUCAGAUUGUCUAUAGCAACAAGCAUAAAUUAAUUAUAGGAAUAGUUAAGAAUAGCUGGAUUAUAUUUCAAAUAAAUAAAACUAAUUUAAUAAUAAUAAUGAUUUUGAUUAAUAUUAAGAAAAUAAAAACUAAAGUGAUGAAAGAGAAGAUGAAGAAAAAUAAUAAAAAGUUUAAAAAGCUAAUAUAAUUUUUUCUUAGAAUUAAGAAGUUAAUUAAAAACAAUUAAAAAUGUAGGCAAAAUAAAAUAAUAAAAUGAAUAUGAUUGAAAAUAAGGAGAUGCUCUACAAAAGAGAAGAUUAAAUUUAGGAUGAAGAAGGAUAAUUUUAAAAUGAAUAAAUUUAAAAACCCUAAUAAAAUAAGAUAGAAUAAAAUAAAUUUAAAUCCUAAAAUUCGAAACAUACUUUAAACAGUAGUAAUUAUGAUGAACAUAUUCAAGACUAGUUAUAAACAAUCUACAAUUAAUAGCUCACAUUUGGUAAUUUCCCUAAAAAUAGUUAGCAUGGAUCUUAAUAAUCAUCUGUAUAGCAGAUAACCUCCAAUUUAGGUUCUUACCAUGAUGAUGAUGAUUAGCCUAAUAAAUCUCCACUAAUAAACACAUUAGGGGAAUCUUAAUAAAAUCAAAGACAUAAUUAAGAUGAUAGAUAAUUAAAUAAGACUUCAAACAAGAAUAAAAAAGAAACACAUACUAAAUAAGAACCUAACUAUUAAGAAUAAUAAUUUAAUUAAAGCAUCGCAAUUAAAAAUAGCUAAAGAGAAUAAGAUAGUAAUUAAUAAAAUUUAAAUGAACAAUAUGAUAAUCAGGUAGAACUUAAUCUUAGAAUCUAGUUUAAAAACCCUGAAAAAAAUAAGUUCUAUAAUAUAUCAGAAUAAAUAAGCAAGUCAUAGCAAUCUUUAAAUAAAUAAUCAGAUUAAUCUAGUAGAAAUCUAACUAAGAAGAAAUCUAACUCAAACUAAACAAGCCCUUCAAAAAGAUUGCAAGCUCUUAAACAAAGAUUCGAAAGUGAAGAUAUUUCAAAUUAAGAAGAUGACAAUACUGAAUAAGAUUACGAUUAAGACAACUAAUCUUCUAAAUUAGUUAACUAGCUUAAGAUUACAAAGAAAGCUUCUGAAACUCAAAAAAUAUUAAAUCCUAAGCAUUCUCAAUAUCAGCUACCAGAAAGAGAAAAAUAAUAGCAAUAAGAGAGCAAUUAAAAAAAAAUAAGUAGUUUAAAAGUAAUCAAGCAAGAAAAUAUUGAUUAAAGAUAAAAAGAUGAAAGUGAUUUAAGCGAUUAAGAAGAAUAAAAAAAUUAAGACAAAUACAUCACUUAAGAUUAAUUGAAUCUAAAAUAAAGCUCAAAACUUUAAGAAAAUCGAAAAUAACAAUAGAAUAUUCAAUUAAAUGAAACAAGUGGACAAGAAUAAUCAGAGUAGCUUGAUGAAGAAGAUUCUGAAGAAGGUGAGACAAAAAAUUUGUAUGAGGUGGAAGAUUAAAUAGAUGAAGAUGAUAUUGAACAGAAUUUAUAAUAUUAAAAAGAACAAUAAAAACUAUUUUAAAAUGAAUAGCAAUAGGCUAGUAAUAUUGAUCAUGAAAAUUAAAAUGAAGAAGAAAUAUUUAUCAAUUAAAAGAAUAAUAGCAAUGAUUCAGCUAAUAAUUAUUCAAAUUUAUUAGAAAAAGAGGUUUAAACUAGUAAGUAUGUUCACUUUAAGAAGUAGAACCAUAAAAAGAAGUAAUAUGAUAAAACACAGUCUUUGGACUUUUAAAGCUCAGGAGAAAAGCAAGAAGUUUAAAAGUAAAAAAUAAAAGCAAUGAGAACACCAAAAAGAACUAAAUCAAGUGCAUCUAAUAGCUUCUCAGAAACUAAUAUUGGCACUAAGCCUUUCUCUAUUAGCAAUUUUAAUGCUAGUGAAAAUUAGCCUAUAAAAAAAUCUUAAUAACCUAGCAUUCAAAGCUUAGAAAAAAAUAAAUAGAUAUAAAAUUAAGCAACUCAGUCUUGCUAGUUAAUUGAUUCUUAUUCCUAAACUGACAAGGACGAGAAUAUUGAAUCUGAAGACGAUUUUUCCAAUGAUGAUGAUUCUUAAAUUUUAAAUUAAGCAGAAAAUAAAGAGAGUAUGCUUAAAAGUAAUUACUUUGGGCAUUCAGAUAUUUCACAAAAUAGUUAAGAUUAGAAAUAAAAGAAUUAAAUAAAUAUCUAAUAACCUGAUUAAUAAUAAUAGUAAAAAGAUUAAGAAGUAAGUUAAAAAAAAGGUUAAAACUAAAAGAAAAUUGUUUAGACUCUUAGUAAUUAAUCUCUAAGUGAUAAGAAUAUCCAAACUGAUCAAAAUUAAAAUUAAAAAUAGAAAUAAAAUAAACCAAAUAACUAAACAAGAAAGAAAAGCGAUAACUACUCUUAAACUGAAAUACAAGACGAUAUUUCACAUUCAUCUUAAAAUUCUAAUUCAAAUAAUGAAAUUGAUUCAGAAUAAGAAGAAACUGUCAAUUAAAGCUUUGAAAAUAACCAGCAAAUAAGCUAGAUGCCUAAUUAAUUAAACUAAAAGAAUUAGAAUAUUUCAACUACAGUACCACAAAUUAAUUAAAACAAUACUAAUAAUAAAAUAAAAGCAUAGAUUAAACAAAAAUCUAACAAAAGUAAUAUUCAAUCUAACAAUCAAGUUUAAAUAAGUGAUAAUAUUUUGAGAGGAGAAGGAUAAACUUCAUAAAAUUAAUAGGAUUAAUAAUAAAAAGUGUAAAAGAAAUAAAAGAAUAACUAAAAUAAAAGUUUCAAACAAGAAUAGAAAUAGCAAAAUUUUGAUUAAGAUCCAAUAUUAGUUCAAGAUGAUAAUUAAGAUGAUUAAGGAGUUUAAACAUCAGAUUAAAAUGAAGAAUAUGAAGAAAAUUAUUAAGAUAAAGGUUAGUAGAAAUCUAAUAAUGAUUCACUUAUAACUGAUGAAGAUGCUGAAACUCAGACUGAUCAUUAUCAAUCAAAAAAAGAUCAAAAAUAAUAGAAUAUAAAUUAAAAAUCAGUUAUAUAGGAAAAACCUUCUAAAGAUAUUAAUUAAAGUAAAAAACAGAAUAAUUUAAUAACUAAAGAAAAAGAACAACCCAAAAAUAAUAUAUCUGAUAUUGAUGACCUGUCCAAAUUUAUUUCUGAAUAGAUUGGCGUAUUAUAAGAUAAAAAAUCAUCCCCUGCUAAAGAGAAAAAGAGUUCUAAAAGUAUUGGUAAUAACAAUAAGAAAGUUUAGGGUACAGAUAUUUUAUGUGAAGAAGUUUAGCAGUAAGAUAAGCAAAAAUAAGAGUUGGAGAAAGAGAUUAAAUAAUUUAUGAAGGCUUAAGAAGAUAAAAAAUCAUCACCUGUCAAAUAAUAAAUUAAAAAUUUAUAAAAUAUCAAUAAUAAUAACUUAAAUGAAGCUACUAAUUAAAAUUCAAAUAAAAAAGAACAACAAAAUAUUCAUUAAAAUCUUAAUAUCAUAGUCUAAGAUGAUGACUCCUAAUAAGAAUUGUAGGUGAAAAAAUCUAAAAUUUAAGCAAAUAAACUGGCUGAGAUUUCUUAAUCAGGUUAAUAAUUACAAAAUAAAAAGUCCUAAGAUAAAGCAAAAAAUGAAGGUUAAAUAAAUGUAUAAAAUUAUCAUAAAUCUUUGGAUGGAUCUUAAGAAGAUUUAGAAAAAGCUAAAUAAAGCAAAAAAGUUGUUAAAAAUAAAGAAAUUUAGAAUGAAGCUCAACAAAUAUAAAAUGAUUAAAAAAGUUAAAAUGUCAACAAAAGCAAAAAAACAUUCUAAUAAAAGGAGUCUGAUUUUGAUAUAUAGAAAGAAGCUUUAUAAAGUGACAAAAUUAAUAAAAGUGAUGAUGAAUAAAUUCAAUUUAAAAAAUAACCAGAACUUAAACCUUAAAAGAAUAAAUCAAAACAAGCUUAAAUUAAAGCAAGUAAAUAGUUAAAUUAAAAUAAUUGUGAUAGUGAGGAAAACGAAGAUGAUGCAGAACAUAACACAGAUAAUUUAAAUUUAAGAAUAGGAUCUAAAAAAAUUAAUGAAAAUUUAAAAAGCUAAACAAACGAAGAUAAUUAGUUUGAAGAUUAAGAUGAUAAUCAAUCAUUAGAUAGUAAAAAAGGAAAAAUUAAAGAGUAAUUGAAAGCCAUUGAUUCAAAAAAGCCAAAAGAUGAAGAAGCAGUAUUAGAUUUACAAAAAAAAAUAAGAGGGGGAAGAAAGUAAAAUUUAAACAAAAACCAAAGUAAAAGCAGAAGCUCUUUAAGUAGUUCUGAUGAAGAUACCAAAGAAGAUUAAAAACCAUUAAAUUAAAUGUUUUUAGGUGAACAGAAAAAUAAAACAAUUAGAGGAGGGAGAAAAGAAAAUAAAAGCAGAAGUUCUUCAAAUAAUUCUGAAAAUGAUAUCUAAGAAGAUUAAAAAUCAUUAAGUUAAAUGUUUUUAGGUGAACAGAAAAAUAAAACAAUUAGAGGAGGGAGAAAAGUAAAUAAAAGCAGAAGUUCUUCAAAUAAUUCUGAAAAAGAUACCUAAAAUGUAAAGAAUUUGUAAAACAAACCUUAAACUGAUUAAAAUUUAGACUAAAAUGAAAAGCCAUAGAGUAACUCUGGAUUAGAUAGAAACAAUGAGAAAUAAAGGAAUUUGAAAUAGAAAGGAGAACAAAAAAUAAAUAAAGAUUCCUCAACAUAAAAGUUAAAUUAAUCAGAUUUAAAAGAAAAUCUUAGUUCAAAUCAAUCACUUUCAGAAUAAAAUGUUUAUGAUUAAUCAGAAAAUGAAGAUUAAUAAGAAGAAAGAGUAAAGAAAUAAAAUAAAACAAAGAAUUCUGAAGAUUAGAAUUUACCAAUUUAAAAUUUAUCGAAAGAAAAUAAAUUAAAUAAAAGUAAAUAAGAUAAAACUCAAUUAAAAAAAAUACCAAAUCCUCAAAUUUAGCAAGAUUCAGACUUAAAUAAAUAAAUAAUAGAUAGUUAAUUUAAAGGAUAGUAAAAUCAAGACAAUUUAAGAUAAGCUAUUAAUGCUGAGUAAAAGAACAAAAAGUAAUAAUAAAAAAUAAAGGAAUAAGAAAAAAGUGAUUAGAUAUCAGGAUCUGAAGUAGAAAGUGACUAGGAGCUUAAAGAUCUGAAAAUAUAAAUUCAGAAAAAGUAAGAAGUAGCUAACUAAAAAAGGUUAAAUAAAGAUUUAUAAAAUGAAAUAUCUUAAAAAUAAAGCAAAAAAUAAUAGAAAGAGUAAAUUUCUAAGGAUAAUGAGUUUGAUGGCGAAUAAAGUUAGCUCAAUAAAAAUGAUGAAAAUUCAGAUGACUAAGCAAUAAAUGAUAUCAAUUAAUCAAAGAAAUCAUCUAAAUCUAUCAAAAUCAAAAAUAAUGAUCCUAAAUUAGAAAGUAAAAUGAAAAAAUUAUCAUAAAAGGAGGAAUCUCUUUAAAAAUAAACUUAAUAAGAAAAAUAGCACGAGUCAGAUUAUUCUGAUGAAGAUUAAUAAUCUCUUUAAAAUAAUUAAAAGAAAUAGAAAUCUACUUAAAGUUAAGAUAUUUAUUCUGAAGAGUAAAGCCCUUUAAACGAUAGCAACGAAAAUUAAGAAUAAAUUAAAAAGACAUUAUUUGAUAAUUAAAAAGAUGGAGAUAUUAAUUUAAAAAAAUAAAGAAAAUAAAAUAAUUAAAGCAAGGAUUAGAUUAAAAAUAAAUAAAAAGAACUACAAAAUAUCCCUUUGCAAAAAUAAUAAAAUUUAAAUUAAGAGUAAAAGCAAUCCAUCAAAAAGAAUCAAAUUUAAUUAUAAGAAGAGGAUAAUGAUCAAUAAAAUUAAUCCUAAAUUAAAAAAUCUGAAAAUUAAAAGUAAAAACCCAACAUUAAAAAUUAGAAUAAAAAAUCAUAAUAUAAUGCUUCUGAUGAAGAAAUAAGCAAUUAAAAUAUCUUUGAUUCUAGUGGGGUUAAUGCUAUCUAAAAUUAAUUUAAUUAAACUGAAUAAAUGAAGUAAAAAAAUAAAAAGAACGAUUAACUUAAUGAUAAAUAAUCUCAAAUAACAAACUCUUCAAAUUAAAAAUCUUUAAAGACUAUCAAAUCAAAUUAAAUAGAAAAUCAAUCCUCAGAUGUAGAUUAAGAUGAAAGUGAUAAGUAAUCUGAAGAGAAAUCAGCAUAAUCUAAUAAAUUAAUUCAUUAGGUCUAAAAAUAAUAAUAAAUUUAAAAGGAGGAUGAAUAACUAAUUUCUGGUGACGAUGAAGAUGAAUAUGGAUAAGAAGAGCAUCAAUCAUAAAAAUAAGAUGAAAAUGAUAACACUUCUUCAUAGAACUCCUUCAAUGGCAAUCAACCAUAAGUAGAAGAAAUUUAAGAUACUUAAAUUGAAAAUUAUUUAGAAAAUUAAAAAGAAGAAAUUCCAAUUAAAAAUGAAAAAGAAAGAUAAAAAGCCAAAUCAAACAAAAGUAUUAAAUUAGAUUAAUCUUCUUAGAGUGAGAUUCAAAAAUAAAAAAAUAUUGAUGAAUCAGCUAAUCAAGGACAAUUUGAAGUUUAAACUAGUGAUCUAGAAUAAGAAAGUAAGAAUCUUAAAGAUCCUGUUUAAAAUAUAAAUGUAUAACCUAAAUAAAGCUCACAGAAGACUAAUUAAAAAAAAUAAUCAUCUUAAUAAAUUAAUAGUAAUUAAAAUCUUUAAUAAAAUGCUCCAUCAGAAUUAAACUAAGAUAAUAAAGAUUUGAUUUCUACAGAUAAAUCAUAAAAAUAAAGUAGAUAAUAAGCAGUAUCUAGAUAAGAAGAUAAUGAAACCACCAAAAAAAGUAAAAGAAAUAAGGCUUAGUAAUAAACCUAAUAAGACUAGUAAGAUGAAUUAGCAAUUUCAGAGAGUUAAAAAACUUAAAAAGUUGAAAAUCCUGAUUAUAAAAAAUAAGUUAACUCUAGUUCAUAAUAAUCUAUCAGCUCAAAUGAAAAUAUUCAGUAAGUGAAUUUAGAUAAAGAUAAUAAUUAAGGUCAAUCAGCUGCUUAAAUUGCUAAAAAUUAAAGCAAAUCUAUACAGGCACAUAUGAAUAAACAAAAACCAAAUAAAACUUAAAAAUUGUAAAAUGAAAAAAAUUAUCAAAUUGGAGAUUAAAUUUAAAGAAACAAUUCAAGUUAAAGUGAUACAGAUUAUAUUUAAGAUAAUAUUUCCUAAUCGAGUGAGAAAAAAUAUACUGAAUAAUAAGAGUAACAAGGAUUUGUUGUGGAAGAGGAUGAAAAAAAUUAAGAGUAAGUAUCUAAUUCUUAGAAAGGUUAAGUUUAAAAAUAAAAAAGAUAGAAUGUAACUCAAAAAUAAAAAUUCGACUCAGAUAAUGUAAAUGAAAAGAAAAAUGUUAUUUAAUCUAAUUCUGUAAAUGAUAGCCAAGAUGAAAAUCAAGACUAGGGAGAUGAAGUUAAUGAUUCUGAUGAAUAAUAAGCAGAAUUGUAAUAUUAAUAAUAACCAAAUUUUACUAAUGAAAGUUAAGAGGAAUAAGAAGAUAACAUAUCAGAUGACUAAAAAGAACAAAAGUAAUAGAAAGAAAGAUAAAAAGGUAAAUAACCAAAAUUAGAAAAGUCUGAAAAAGAAUCAAAUAAUUAGAAAAUAAAAUAAUCAUAAUAGUAAGUUUAGAAAGAUCAAGUUGAAAAGAGAGUCAAAAAAUAAAACAAAAAUAAAUAAUAAGAUUAAGACUCGCUUAGUUCUUGUGAAGAAAAAGUUGAUAAACAUAUUAAAUAACCUCAUAAAGCUAAUUAAAUAUAGGAAAAAUAAGAUAACGUAUCAGAAUAUUCAUAGCUUUCAAAUGAUUAAGAUGAAUAAUUAUAAGAAAAAGGCAAAUUAUAAGUUUAAUAAAAGAAGCCAGAAAAGUCUAAGAAAGAAAAAGUUGAUUUAAAUAAAUAAGAGUCAGACAAGCUGAAAGAUAAGUAGUAAGGCUAAUAAACUUAAUCAUAGAAAUCUUAGAAGGAGUCAAAUAAUUAAAAAACUCAAGUCUCUAUAUAAAAGUAAUAAAAAUAAUAAGCUAAUAAGCAAAGUAUUUUGAAAGAAGAUUCAGAAGAUAGUUAAAAUAUUUUAGAAAGUGAAGAUAAUAAAAAAAUAGAGUAAUUAUCUAGUUAGCCAAAGUCAGAAUAAUUAAACUAAAUGAAUUAAACUGAAGGUGAUGAUAGCUAUGAAAGUUAAUUAAAUUCAAAUGAUUAAGAUAGCAAUUAGUAAACAAAUGAUAAAUAAAAAUUGUAGCCUUAAUAAAACUUGGCUUAAAAAUAAAAAGGUCAAACUAAGAGCCAGGGAAUAUAAAUAAAUGAUAAUAUUUAAAACGAUUAAGGAUAAAAUUAAGAUACUUAAAGCAAAAACCCAUCAGAUUCUGAUAAUGACAGUGAAAAUGAUUAUCAAAUUCAAUCAAUAAAAUAAUAAACUACUUCUAAGCCAUAAAAAUAAAAUGAAAAUUAAGCUUAAAUUAAAGAUAAAUUGCUUGGUUAAUUAGAUUAAGAUAAUAGGUAGGAAAAAUCAAAUUAAAAUUUAUAAAAAGGAAGUGUCGAUUUUAGUGAUAGAGAUAGCAAUUAAAACUCACCAUUACGUUAGAGUAUUGAAAGAAUACAAAGGUUAUCUUAAAGUAAAUUAGAAAAAUCAGAUAAAAAGAAGUAAGGUGGUCAUUAGCAAGCUAAUAGUUUAUAACUUGAAGAGGAAGACGAUCAUGAAAAAGAAAUAAUGAAAAAAAUAAAUGAAUUGAAUGAGAAGAUUCGUAAAAAAUUCAAUCCAGAGAAAAGUUCUGAAAAACCAUAAGUUAAUAAAGAAUAAAAACCAUAUUAAUAAGAAGUAAAUUCUUAGAAAUAGUAAACAUUUAACAAUAAUUAACCAAAUGAUUCCUCAAAGUAAAACAUCGACUCUGAAAAAUUUGAACAGGUAAAAUAAUAAUAAUAGCACAUUGUAAAGAACGAAUAGAAAUUAGAUAGUAAAAAUAAAUAAAACGAUUAGAUAAGACCUUCAUCAUAGAGAAAGCUUGAUAUUUCUAAUAUGGUAAUCAAUACAAUUGAAGAAGAAGAUGAUUACUAAGGAGAUUCUUUUAAUUUACUAUAAGACAAUGUAUCAAUAAACUCAGAUAUAAUUGAUUUAUAAGACUAAGAUAAUCAAAAAAACCCAAACACCAAAACAUAGUAGAGUUCAAAAGAGUAAAUAGAAAAUUCUUAAUUAAUAACUCGCAGCUAAUCAUAAAAUAACUCUCAAAAAUUAAACAAUUCUGAGAAAAUAAUUUAAGCAGAGAGCAACUCCAAGAAACAAAUUAGAGAUAAAGUUGAUCCAUAGAAUGAAAAACAAACAACAAGCAAUAAUAGCUAAAAAUAUGAUUAAAAAGAAGAAAACCUGAAAAGCAGUAAACCAACGAAAUAAAAAGGGAUUUAAUAUUAAGAGAAAUAAUAGGACGAACCUUCAUUAGAACAAACAAGUAAAAAUAUUUCUAAAUCUAAAGAGUCAAUAAUUGAUAAAAGUUAAUAAUCUGUUUAAAGAAAAUUAUCUGAAGAUAAUUUAAAGAAAAAAAAUAAAAAAGACCCAAUUGCAGCUGAAGAAUAAAUUGAUAAUAUACCAUAAAAAAGUAGAAAUAAAUCAAAUAUUCCAUCUAGAAAAUCUUCUUAAAAUACAACUGAAACAAAUAGUGAAGUAGAUUUAGAAAAAUAAUCUAAAAAACAAUCAAAUUAAGUAUAACUAAAAAGAAAUAAAGCAUCAAAUGAAAAUGAUUAAAAUAUUACUGAGUCCUCUUCCUAGAAAUAAAUUAAUUAAAAACCUGAAAAGUAAAGUAAAUUAAAUGAUAAACCUUAGAAAAUAAUUUAGGAAAACACAUUAAACAAGAAAGAAGAAAAACCUACUGAUACUUAAAAUUCUAAAGACUCAGUCAAAAACAAAAAAAGAGCUGGUUCAAGUAGCUCAGUGUAAAAAGACUCAAACUAAUAAACAAAUAUCAAGCGUGCUUCUAUAAAUUCUGAUGAAGAGAAAGGUGAAAAACCUUAAAAUAAGGUAGAUUAAACUUCUAAAACUAGCAUACUUAAGCAAAGAGACCCGUAAAUACAGUAAAUUUUAGAUACCAAAAACAGCCAGGAAUAAAUGAACCAAAAAAUUCAAAAUAAAAGAUAAAUACCUUAUAAAGCCCCAGCUAAAAAGCUUAGUUAAUAAGAGAGAAGAGAAAAAUACAAUAAGUAUAAAUAAAAUACUCCGAAUGUAGUAAAUUAUAAAAAUGUAGCUUAGUAAGUAUCUAUUCCUAAGGAGUCUGUGAAAAGUAUUUAAAAUGACUUUAAUUCUGAGCUAAGAAAACUAAGAGAAGAAAGAAAAAAGAAAAAAGAAUAAAAGCAGUAAGAUGAAUAAAAUUUUAUUUAAAAUUAAGAAGAUAAAGAAGUAGUUUACAUUGAAAAGAUUAAAACCAAUUCUUCUUCUGUCGAAGAUAAAAGCUAAGAAGAUGAUUAUUAAUUUACUACUGAUAAAAAACCUAACCAAAAAGAAAGAUAAAAAUUUAAAACAGAGGAUAGCAAAGAUGAAGAUGAUGAAAUUAAAGAUAAAAUUGAAAAUAUGAUGGAUAAAAUUGAUUUAGCUAGCUCUGCUAAGAAAAGAGGAAAGAAGGAAAGCAUUAGUAGCCAUGAGCAAAGAUAAAUAGACAGCGAAAGUAAAGACAAAGUGUAUGAACUAGACAGCUACAUUUUUAGUGAUUAAGACAUGAGUAGAAGACUGGGUCUUAAACAAUUUCCUAACAGUUCCUCUAAAGAAUACGAAUAUCCAGAAAUGGAAGGAGAAGAGUUCGAAAACUAUUUACAGUAAUAGAAUCAACACAUUACUAUGAUAUCGCCUCAUUUAGAUCUAAAUGACCACUCAGACGAUGAAUUUUAGUAGAAAGUUAGUCACUUCAAUUAGCUUACAACAGAUGUUUUGCAACCAGGUUUAAAUUCAAACUAAUCUUUAGGUGAUAAGCAAAAAAAUAAAAAGCCUAAAAGUAAUAAUAAGACUGCAAGAAAGGGAUCUAACUAGACUGAAGACUCUAUUAUUAACACUCCUUCAAAUAAUAAUAAAAGUGAAGGAAGUGAAUAGAAUAGUGAUUUUAUUGUUUACAAAAAGAGUAAUCCUAGUCACGGUAAGUCUUUGUUUAAGCAAGUGGACAGCGAAGUUGCUACUCCUCUAAGCAAUUAAACAGGAAAGCAAGCAAGCUUUUUAGGCGAAGAACCUUCUGAUAAGAAAAACUAUGGAAAAUCUAAAUUAGCCCCUCCUAAAAUAAGAGCUCCUACCAAGCGAUAGACUUAUACUUAAUAAUAUGUAGAAAAGAAACAAUCUGAAGAGAAUAUACCUGAAAAAUCAUAAGUUCUCAAAAAAACUUUUUCUCAGCCAUAAAACGAUCCUACACCAAGUAUUCCAAAUUAAAAUAGAUUAAAGGGAGUAACUUAAGCUCAAUCAAUAAUAACUCUUAAUGUCCCUUCUAACGUUUCUUAAAUGCAAUCCCCAAUUUCAUAUAACCAAACUCCUAUACAGAGAGAAGGACCUCUCUAUUUCAAAGACCACCCCUUUAUGUAAAUGGAUGAGUCUUAAAAUCAAAAGUCAAAAGUUCAGUAAAAAAACAAAGCAUAAGAAAAAAAGCCAGAUAAUUAAUACACUCUAUAGAUACCAAAUAGGUAAUUGAUAGAGUCUGAAUAUAUUUAGACUCCUAUCGAUAAUGAAGAUGGACCUAAAAAAUAUGAAAAUGAAGAUACAUUUGAAGAAGAUAAUGCAAAAUCAGAAAAGUAAAAUGAUGAUCAAGAUAAUAAAUUAGCAGUUUAAUCUCAAAGUGAUUAAGGAGAAGAAGAAUUAGAAUCAGAAUAAGAUUAUGAUAGUUAAGGAUAGCCUGAAAUAUACGAUCCUAAUGACCUAAUGCACUUACAAGAUGAUUAAGAACUUAUACCUGAAGAUGAAUAGAAAUAGUAUCAAUUUAAUACUAACCCUUACAGUAACUAAUUCUUAGCUUCUGAAACAGCAAUUGAUUCAGAUAAAAGAAAAGGAGGAUAUUAUAAAAAGAACCUUAGCAAGAAAAAGAAUAAAAGCAAAGGAUUAAGCAAGAGUAAGGGUUCUAUUUCAAACUAAAACUCAUUUAGUAAAUCAGAUAUCAACUCUAAGUCAGACUUUAUUUUAAAAGGUUAUGACUUGGAUAAUAUGCCAAUCAAUUUCAGUAAGAAAUACUAAUCUUAUUUGGAAUUGAAGGAAAAGAAAUUACUUUAUUCCAAGCUUGUAGAAGAUUAAGAAUAACUGUAUCCAUAGGUUAGACUCUAUGCAAAUCAGUGUAAUUGCAACAAGCCUAAUUGUGGUUGCAAUCUUAAUGAGGAAGACUUUUAAAAACAAUUGAUAGAAGCUCAAAAGCGUAAGGAAUUACAAAGAAAAUAAAAGCUUCAAACUUCUUAUAUCGAUGUUAAUAACUCAAGAAUUAUGGCUUUUGAAUCUUUCUUGGUAAAUUCAACACAAAUUAUCUCGAAGAAUAAAUCUUAAGAGUUUGUUAAUCUACCAUGGGAUAUUUCCACUAGAAAAGAAGACCCUAGAAAAUAUCUGAUAUACGGACCUCAUGAUGAUAUUAUCACCUCAUAGCCUGCUGUAGUUGUUGAAAAUUUACACUUGAGAAAAAAGUAUGAUGAUAAGAAUAUAAAUUAUUCAUCCACAAAUUAUAACAUUUUGGCUUCAAAAGAUCAAACUCCUAAGACAAUUACAAAUAAACUUAUGAAAUCUCAAUCCCAAUAACCCUCAAGCUUUUAGCAGUUUUAAGAAAAGUGA